CUCUCCGCCUGCGCUGGCCGCGCGCGCCGGGCUCCCCUCCCCCGCGGUCGCCUCCCGGCCUGCGAACGCGGCUCCCCAGUGUCCUCUGGAACGCCCGCGUGGCUGUCGGGUUUCGAAUCCCGGCGCCGACCCUCGCCCUGGGCCCGAGCGACCGAGUCGCUGGCCAGCCUUUGCCCCCCGCAUCAAUCAUUAAAGGGUCGGCCCGGGCUGCAGAGGCCCGAGAAGGGGGAUGGAGCGGCUGCUCGGAAGCUCAGGUCUUGUCUUGAACCUGCAGCGACGCCCCCGGCGCGGGCACAAAGGCUCCGACGGCGACCGGCCGGGGCUGCCUAGCGCGCGGGAGCCGGCGCCAGAGGUCGCCUGCGUGCGCACUAGUGGAGCCCCGGGCACCAUGCCGCGGCGCCUGCAGCCCCGGGGCACGGGCACAAAGGGCCCUCCCGCCACGGCCGCCGCAGCUUCGGGGGCCGCUCGGCAUUCCCAUCCCGCAGUCCCCGGGGACCUCCCGGCUUCGCCCAAGCAGUUGCUGCGUUGGGACGAGGUCCCCGACGACUUCGUGGAGUGCUUCAUCCUGUCGGGCUACCGGCGUCUGCCGUGCACGGCGCAGGAGUGUCUGGCCUCGGUGCUGAAGCCUACCAAUGAGACGCUCAACUUCUGGACGCACUUCAUCCCGCUGCUGCUGUUCUUGAGCAAGUUCUGUCGCCUGUUCUUCCUGAGCGGCCGCGAUGUGCCCUUCCACCACCCGUGGCUGCUGCCCCUGUGGUGCUACGCGUCGGGUGUGCUGCUGACCUUCGCCAUGAGCUGCACGGCGCACGUGUUCAGCUGCCUGUCACUGCGCCUGCGCGCCGCUUUCUUCUACCUGGACUACGCAUCCAUCAGCUACUACGGCUUCGGCAGCACGGUGGCCUACUAUUACUAUCUGCUGCCUGGCCUGAGCUUGCUGGACGCCAGAGUCAUGACCCCGUACGUGCAGCAGCGCCUGGGCUGGCACGUGGACUGCACGCGCCUCAUUGCCGCCUACCGUGCGCUGGUGCUGCCGGUGGCCUUCGUGCUGGCGGUGGCCUGCACGGUGGCUUGCUGCAAAAGCCGCACCGACUGGUGCGCCUACCCGUUCGCCUUGCGCACCUUCGUCUUCAUCAUGCCGCUCAGCAUGGCCUGCCCCAUUAUGCUGGAGAGCUGGCUCUUCGACCUGCGUGGUGAGAACCCAACGCUCUUUGUGCAUUUCUACCGCCGCUAUUUCUGGCUGGUGGUGGCCGCCUUCUUCAACGUGAGCAAGAUCCCCGAGCGCAUCCAGCCGGGCCUCUUCGACAUUAUCGGCCACAGCCACCAACUCUUCCACAUCUUCACCUUCCUCAGCAUCUAUGACCAGGUGUACUACGUGGAGGAGGGCCUGCGCCAGUUCCUUCAGGCCCCGCCUGCUGCGCCCACCUUCUCGGGCACGGUGGGCUACAUGUUGCUGCUGGUGGUGUGCCUGGGGCUGGUCAUCAGGAAGUUCCUAAACAACCCGGAAUUCUACAGUAAAAAGUGAACCUCCGCCACGGAGGAGGCUACUGGUUUGCCCGCCUGUUUGUUUGGAAUUUAUGUUAUUGCUGAUGUUGGUUUGUUUUCAAGUUUUCUUGUGUUUCCUUCUUUGCUCGAAGAGGGUGCUGCAAAACCACAAGGGAAAGGACCAUUGCUGCUAGGGGUCCCAGCCCACUUGGGGCUUUGGAAGAGGGAGAGGGGGAUCAAAUAGGAGGCAGAGGACCACAUGGUUCUUGCCCUUGGGAAAAAAAAGUCAGGUAGUGUCUUUGACAUCCAGGGAUUUUUUGCAAAGGUAGAGAAUAAAAUCCCAAAUGAAACGCCA